GUUGCCGCAGGAAGCGAGGCAAUCAACUUCUGACAACCGCUCUCGCGAUAUUUCCAUGAUUUGCGGAAAAGCGCAGCAUAAAUGCGUCAUCUGGCGUGGUGCAUUGUGGGCCAUGUAGUCGAUUUAUUGGACAUUUAAUGCAAACUGAUACAACACGUCUGGUUGUUGAACUACAAACAAGGCUGACGUUGUGCGGUACCCUAAGGUCACAGUUCAAUUGUGGCUACACGUGCAUUUACUUUUUUAGCACGCGCCCCAGCAAAUACAGUUUGGAAGUCUUUUAUGUGAUUUUUCAACAUUAAAAUGCCUCGAGAUGUUUCAUCCUCGUCGAGCGAGGACGAAGCGGAUAACCCGACCGCGGAACCGUCGUUAGGGCAAAAGGAAAGCGAAAAGAGCAGCAAGUAUCAGUGUCCCGAUGACUUCGUGAGCUUCGACCACCAGCCUUGCCGCAGCACGCUGACUGAGCGCUUGAAGAGAAAAAAGAGCGAACUUUGGCUUAUUAAAGCCCCUGCCAACUUUGAUCCACGAUGUUUACAAGGAGCGAGCGUGAAUCUUUCCGGCUUUCAGACGCUGAAGCUUCCUUCUGCCGCGGACGCAGGAGAACGCCACGGCCAACAUGUCUACAACAUCCUGGCAUCCAGUCACUGCACCAAUGAUCUCCGCUUGCUCACCGCAGAUUCGUCAUCGCCGGCGGUGGGGCCCGCCUUCUCUGGCAUACUGAGUGUGAGUGAAAGCUACGAGGGCGUCCAGAUGCCGCCCUGCGUCGUCCACGCCUCGCCCGCGCCGGCCAUCCCGGACGGACUCAAACAGAGAUUCCAGCCCUUCGGAAGCAAGACGCCUACCACAUCGCAGGAGAGACAGGUUGAGGACGGGAAGAGAAAGAAGAAGAAAAAGAAAGACAGGAAAAUUAAAAUAGAGGAACAGGAGGAAGAAUUGAUGAUCAAACAGGAAGUUGAGGAACCUGCCCAGGAACAUACCGAGGGAAAAAGCAGGAAGAGGAGGAAAAAGGACACGGAAGAGGUGGCAAUUGCGGAAGUGAAGAGUGAAGUGGAUGUGGACGCUUUGUACAAAGAGGACGGCUUGGCGAAGAAGAAGAAAAAGAAGAAAAAAAGCAAAACAUCUGAUGACUAAAUGUCAUCAGCUCAGACUGAACUUUGAUUGUUUUUUUUAUUAAACAGAAGAGUCCAAAUCAAACAUUUAUUCUCCAUCAUGAUGUCCAUGUCUGCUGACUCUUGGUGAAGUGCGCUACACCCUGGACUGGUUGCCAGCUUGUCUAGAUUAUCAGUUGCACAAUCAAGGGCUUGCUUACAUUUAUAUUUAGGAACGUGCAAACUCUGUACAGGAGUUGAACCAAGAACCUCUUGACUGUGAUGCACACAUAUCAACAAGUUGUCCUCUGUGAUAUCACAAAAGAAAUAUAAUAAGUGUGUAUUUUCA